AUGAAAUAAAAUAAUUACAAAACUUCCCAAGUUGAUCUUUCAAGUAUUGCUGAAUAAUCAAAUACUCAGUCAGAUGUAGAAUUGGAGUAAAUAGACAUGGCUAAAAUGAAUUGUCACGAGUAUUAUACAGCUAUGGAUCCUCAAUCUACUUAAGUUUUCUAAGUAGAAGGGGAGCUCCAUAUUAAAGAGCUGUUUUAUCGCUUAAUCAAGAAAGUCAUAGAUAAAGCAUAAGAAAAUGAAAUCCUAAGGAAGUUGCCUACUGUCUCUGCUUCGAAUUCAUUAAAUCUUUUGGUUAUGCCUUUAGCACAGGCCUUCUAUAAACCUGAAAACCCUAUCAAAGACGUUCAAAGUGGUGGGUUGGAAGAGGACUUCGAACCUGUACAUAAUUUAUUUAAUUUAAGUUACACAUCUAACAUGAAUAAUGGCUGACAUCUAAAAUUAAUAUGGAGAUUAAACCUGAAAAUAGACCUGGUACUUGUUAAACAUCAAGUCCAAGAACAUUUGCAAAGUCUAGAAUUUAAGUAAUUGAAUUAAGUAAACUUAGGAUUAAACAUCGCUAAUUAAAGAAAAGAAAUAGUUGGAUCCUAUGCCUAUAGAUUUAGUUGACCCAUUAGAUAUUAGUAUAACAGAAGAGUAAUUGAGAAAUGAAAAGGAAAGACAAACAAAAGAGAAAUUAGAAUUGAAUGAAGCAGAAAAAAGAAGAAAGUUGAAAGAAGAAAAAGAAGAAUAAUUAAAAUAUGAAUUGAUGGCAAAAGAUAAGAAAUCUAAAUAAUAUACAUAUGAUUAUGACGGCAAGCUGAUAUCUGUAAAUCCAGCUAAAGGAACUAAAUUGCCACUUCCUGCUUCAACUUUGGCGUACAAUUCAAUAAUUUUUAAGAUCCAAAUUUGAAGAAGAUCAAGCCACGAAAGUAAAUCCAAAAAAGAAAUACAAUAAGGUUCCUUGGAAUAAUAAGAAAACUGAUGAGGAGAAGGAUAAAGAAAAGGAUACAUUCAAAUUUAAUUAGAUAGCUCCUUUAGUUGUAGAGAAUAUGAAUUUAUAACCAGGAAUUGUAGUUAUUCAUGAGGGUAGAAUCAAAGAAGGCACCAGAUUAAAUACUGUGGAUUUAUAAAAUAUGAGCAAUCCUGCACUGAGAAUGGCAAGGAAUGAAUAUCUUAGUCUUACUCAAUAAAUGAAUUCCUCAAUUAACCAAAAUGUCUAAAUGAAAGCAGAAGAUAAGCCAAUCAAAGAGCUGGAUAAAGGCAAGGGAUUCAAUUAUGAUAGAUUCAAGAGAUUGAGUCAGUAAACUAAUAUUUAAUUGGGAAUUAUAAAGUAACCUUAUAUUCAUAUGCAAAUAGAAUCAAUUCAACUAAAAUAUUUGAACAAUUGGCAUAAGCCUAUUUUGAAGAACCUGAAGAGUUACCAAAAAUUGUUAAUUAACAAACAUCUAAAAGUUCCUAAGAAAACACUUUAAAAGGGAUAAAAAGUCCAGUAGAUUAAUUUAAUUUGUCCUUAUUUAAAAAUAAUGUUGUGGGCAGAGAUCAACAAAAUGAAAUUGGAAUAAAUUAUGAAAAAUUAAAAACACAAAAAGCUAAUUCAAGGUAUUUUUUAUAAUAUUUUAAGAGAUUUGAAAUCUUCUAUUGGUUCAAGAACCAAUAGACCAAGAGAAAGGAAAAUGUAAUCAGAAUAAAGCACUCUACCUACGGUGAGGAGCCAAAAAGUCUUUAAAUUAUGA